UUAUUACAAGUUUCAAAAUGAGAAUGCUAAUAAAAAAAGUGGCUUCGGCCUCAAAUCUAUCGUUCAUUCGGUUAAACGCAAUAAGAUUGAGCUCCAGCGAUGCGAAAGCCAAGUCUCAAGAAAAAGAAAGUCCUAAACCGGAGCUAGAGGAAGCAGCGGUAAAAAAAAAUAUUGUAGUUGAAAAGUAUGGCGGUGUAAUGACUCUGAACAUAGACCGUCAGACGACUCGCAACAGCCUGGACGAGCCCACACUGCGUGAGAUGGCUGCGGCCAUAGAUGCAUUCGACAAGGACGCUGAGGCUAAGGUGCUGGUGUUCAACGGAGAGGGUGGCUCAUUCUGCUCCGGGUUUGAUAUGGAUGAGAUGAGUGAGAAGGGAUAUUAUGCGCUGAAAGAUGCUGCUUCGCGGCUGUUACGGCGCCCUCUAUGUGAUAAACCGACUAUAGCCGCCGUCACUGGCUUCGCUGUGGCUGAAGGCUUCGAAUUAGCGCUAGCGUGCGACCUGCGCGUCAUAGAAGAUACCGCUGUUAUGGGGUUCCUCGGCCGUAGGUUUGGAGUACCCUGUACAAUGUACGGUGGCCGGAGGCUUACAUCUCUCAUAGGUCUGUCACAAGCUUUAGACUUGCUUAUGACUGGCAGGCUCAUCUCCGGGACGGAAGCCAACCAAAAAGGCCUGGCUGCUAAAGUCACGGCUACCGGCACAGCCCUAGGGGAAUCGAUAAAACUGGCCAAGUCCAUGGCCAAGUUCCCCCAAAACGCGCUGGUGAUGGACAAGUUAGCCGCGGUCAACUCCCAGCUGAACCCGAACAGUGAGGAGUCUAUGCGGGACGAGGCGGUGAUGCAGAGUCUACUGGGCGCUGCUCUGGAGGACUUGAAGGAGGGGGUCAAGAAAUUCCAAGAUGGAGUCGGCAAGCACGGGAAGUUCCACAAUCUGACAGAGGUCCCCGUCGAAGAUUGGGAGUUGGAAAACACGGUCGAAGAAACGGUGGUCACGUACGACGAUGACAAGAAGAAAUGAACCUUACGGUGCUAGUGUUAAGGUCUAUGCGUUACGAGGAUGGUUAA